AUGACCUCCACCUUCAUGGCCUUGCUCUGUCUUGGGCUGAGUGAAGACCCCAGGAUGCAAGCACAGGCAGGGACACUCCCCAAACCCACCAUCUGGGCUGAGCCCAGCUCUGUGAUGCCCUGGGGGACACCUGUGACCAUCUGGUGUCAGGGGAGCUUGGAGGCCCAGGAGUACCACCUGCAUAAAGAGGGGGACUCAUGGAAUUGGGAGACACGGAAGCCACUGGAGUCCGGGGACAAGGCCAACUUCUCCAUCACAUACAUGACAGAUGUAUAUGCAGGAAGAUACCGGUGUGACUAUGAACGCCCCAAUGACUGGUCAGAAUACAGUGACCCCCUGGAGCUGGUGGUGACAGGAUCCCAUGGCCAACCCAGCCUCUCAGCCCUGCCCAGCCCUGUUGUGACCUCAGGAGGGAACGUGACCUUCCAGUGUGCCUCACAGAUGGGAUUCCACACAUUUGUCCUGAUGAAGGAAGGACAGCGCCAGCCCUCCUGGGCCCUGAACUCCCAGCCAGCCCCCCGUGGGGGUACCCAGGCCCUGUUCCCUGUUGGAUCUGUGACCCCUAGCCUCAGGUGGACGGUCAGAUGCUAUGGCUAUUACAGCAACACCCCCCAGGUGUGGUCGGACCCCAGCGACCCCCUGGAGGUGCUGGUCUUAGGUGUGUCAGGGAAGCCCACCCUGCUGACCCAGCCUGGCUCUCUAAUGAUGCCUGGACAGAGCGUGACCCUCCAGUGUCGCUCUGAUGUUGGCUAUGACAGAUUCGCUCUGUCCAAAGAGGGGGCACCUGACCCUCCCCGGCAGCUUGGCAAGCAGCCCCAGGCUGGGUUGUCUGGGGCAGACUUCCCCCUGGGCCCUGUGAAACCCUCCCAUGGGGGCCGGUACACGUGCUACGGUGGAUACACCCUCUCCUCCGAGUGGUCGGCCCCCAGUGACCCUCUGGACAUCCUGCUCACAGGACAGCUGCCCUACACACCCUCCCUCUCUGUGCAGCCACGACGCAUGGUGGCCCCAGGAGAGAAUGUGACUCUGCUGUGUCAGUCACAGAGCUCUGUUGACACUUUCCUUCUGACCAAGGAGGGAGUAGCUGAUCCCCUGCUGCGUCUUAGAUCACAGUACCGAGCUGGGCAGCACCGGGCUGAAUUCCCCCUGAUGCCUGUGACCUCAGACCACGGGGGGUCCUACAGGUGCUACGGCUCUGCCAGCACCUCCCCCUAUCUGUUGUCACAGCCCAGUGACCCCCUGGAGCUCCUGGUCUCAGGGGCUGCAGACCCAGAGCCCAAGGACAGAGGCCUGCAUGACAGCUCCAGCCCAGCUGCUGCCACCCAGGAGGAGAGCUUCUAUGCUGCCAUGCAAGACACUCAGCCUGAGGAGGGGGUGGAGCUGAACCAUCAGCAGAACACACAAAAUGAAGACCCCCAAGGACUGACGUACAUCCAGGUGAGCCUGUCAAGAUCAAGAUUCAGGUGGGGACUGGCCACUUCUCCUUUCCCUGUGUCAGAGGGAUUACUGGACUCGGAGGACAGACAAGCAGAGGAAAACAGGCAGACGGACUGUCAGGUUGCUGCAUAUGACACCCCCCAGGAUGUAACCUACACCCAGCUUCAUCCCUUGACUCUCAGACAGGAGACAAGGGCAUCCCCUCCAUCCCAAUUAGGGGAGCCCCCAGCAGAGCCCAGUGUAUAUGCUGCUCUGGCCAUGCACUAGCCCAGGAGGGGUCCUGACACCACACUCCAUGGAGGGCGACCACAGGGACCCUGAAAGGCACAGGAGUUGCCCACAGUGAGUGUCACCUAAUGAUGACCCCAGCCAGCCUGGACUCUUCACUUGGACCAGCAAGAACUCCUGGGACCCUCUGGGAGUCACUGAUUCUGCCAUCAAAGAUAGUAAUACCCCUACACUUUGGAAAUAAAAGCAACAGACUUCCCAAUUACCCAUGAAUGAAAUGAGAAAAUCCAAAUGGAAAUGAGAGAAAGUUUACACUGAAGGACAGUGUAAAUGUUACACAUCAAAUCUAUGAAAUGGGAAAAUAAGAACCAAGAACUAAUCUAUUAGAACAGAAAAAGACUCAAAUAAUUAAUGACAGAACCUAUUCUAUUGAGAAUUUGGGAAAAGAAUAGCAAGUUAUUCCAAACAAAGGUAGAAGGCAGAAAAUAAUAAAGACAAGACAUAGCUAGUAAUGAGGACAAAUUUAAAAAUAGAGAAAAAUCAAUGAAGCUGAAAGUGUUCCUUUUUGUAAGCAAUGGUCACAUUUAUAAAUCUUAGCCACAAAACCAAGGAAAGAGAGAGAGAGGGAGGAGGUACACAUCAUUAUUAGGAUGGCAUCCCAUCCUACAGACUUUAAAUUUAGAAUGCAACAUUAUUAACUCCUUUAUGCUGAUAUUUGAGACAUGUAAAUGAAAUGGGUAAAAUUCUCAAAAUAGAAGCUACUAAAUUGAUGGAGAAGUAGAAAUUAUGUAUCACCUUAUGAAUACAUUGAAUGCAUUGACUGUGAUUAAACUGUCCCCCAUCUGAAGUGUGUGGAGACUGAGAGAAUUGGAGUCAGAGUGGUGGCUGGCGGGGCUGGACUGUGGAGAUGGGGAGGUGUUGGUCAGGAUUAUAGACAGAAGAAGAACAAGGUCUCUACAGUUGUAAGACCACAAGAUCUGGGGAUCUCAUAUACAGCAUGAUGACCGCAGCUCAUAACACUGUAUCCUAUUCUUGAAUGUUGCAAAGAGAGUAGAUCUAAAUGUUCUCGUCACAUACAAGAAAGGCAGCUGUGGUAUGGCAUGGAAGUGUGAGCUAACUGCAUGGGGAGAAUCAUUUUGUUAUAUUUGUGUCUGUUGAGUAAGCUUCAUUGGCAAUUGCUCCAAACACUUACCCCUUGAGGAAACACACACAUGGUUACACACAUGCAUAUACACACACCAAAAUUACACAAACCUUUCCUGAGAAUAAAAAGGGAGGAAGCAAUAUUGGAUCAGGCCAGGGAACCGUGAACACCAAAAAAACUGGCAAGGUAAUUACAGAAUGAAAAAGGGGCCGAAAUUUCUCUCACGUAAACCUAGAUGUCCAUGUCUAAACAAAACGUUCACAAAUAAGAUCCAGCAAUAGGACUCUACACCAUGACCACACUGGAUUUUGGGGGGAGGGAAGGAACAGAGUAGUUUAACUCAAUCAAUAUAAUCUGAUACAUUAACAGAAUAUGUAAAAAUGACCAUCUCACAAACCAGAGGGAGGGGUAUGGGGAGAUGGUUGAAAAGGUGAAGGAGAUUAAGUCGUACCAACUUCCAGUUACAUAAUAAAUGAGCGCCAGGGGUGAAAAUUACACUUUAGGGAAUAUAAUCAGUAACAUUGUAAUCAUUUUUUGUGUGACACAUGGUAAUUGGAUUUCUUAGAGUGAGCACUGCCUAAUGUAUAUAAAUGCUAAUUCACUAUGAUGGACCCUUGAAACUAAUAUCACAUGUUAACUAUAAAUCAAAAUUCAAAAAUGAUGUAUUAUAAGCUGGCUAA